AUGAAUUCAUCAUCGGAACCUUCCACUCCUUCAACCGACCAACCUAACACUGUUGAUCAAGAACACGAUCAACAACCAGAGAGCAACAACAACAGCGGAUGGGGUUGGGGAGGUGGUUGGCUUUCUUCGACCAUCGGUAAUGUGGUUAGAGUCAUGAAUCAACAAACCAAUGAGUUUGGACAAAAAUUGCAACAAUUAGUGGCUGAAGAGGACGAGGAUGUAAGCACACCCUCUACAGAGCCAUCAACGACUCAUCCAGCUUCAUCCGAAACACCCAAUGAUCAAGCAGAUGAAGAAAAUGGACAAAUCAAUGACAAUGGUGGAGCAGCAAAUGCAUCAUCCCUCAUUGAAGAAACGGAAAAAACCAUUGAAACCUCGCUCAAAACUGCAGAGCAAAAACUCAAAUCUCUUUUCACUUCCUUUUAUAACGAAACAUCUCAAUUAGUGGACGAAACGGCAGAGUUGAAAUAUGUAAAAGGGUGGGCGUCUUCGUUUGGAAAAACUGUUUUGCAUACUCUUGAAGAAGCGAGUAGAAUUCUCUAUGAUAAUGAGGAGAACGAUGAUGGCAUUCAUAUCUAUGUCAAUUUUAAAGAAUUAUUUAUUGAAUACCAAGGAUUAAAAUAUUUACAAGAGGUUGCCUCCCUCUCUAAACAAUGUAAUGAAGAAUUGGCCAAGUACAUGGAAAAUAGAACCGAUGAACAACGUGACAGAAUUGAAAAACUUUUACGUGAAUUAAAAGACAUACUCAUUGACUCGACACAAUUCAGUACAAAAGAGGUAGAAGAAAAGAAAGCCUCUUAUCAAUAUAUUGCUUUGCUUCCUGUUGGAAAGGAAAUUUUAGAAACUACCAAUGCGUGUGUGGAGCUAGCAAAAAAUGCCUACAGCAAUUUGGAGGAUGUAUUGGGAUCAACCAUCGAGAUUGAAGAAACGGUUCAAACAUCUACUCUACUUUUGGAAAAAAGUAAAGCAGAGUGUUACAGGUCUCUUGCAAAAUUAGCAUCAUUGGCUUCAUUACAUAUUCUAACCUUGUCACAAUAUCUAAUAGAUGUAAAUAACGGAGGAAAGCUUCCUGAACAGUGGCAAUCCACAGAGCUCAGUGUCACCAAAGACGCUAAACAAGUUGCUAUAAUUCUGAGAGAUUACUUACUCUUUUUAUAUUCUCAAUUAAUUGAAAUUAGUAAUCAAUACACCGAGGCAUUGAAGAAGAAUACAUCAAUCGUUGGAAUUAAGCUAGACGAACAACGAAAAGAAUCUCUUGAAAAACGAGCUGUAAAUAUGGCAGCUCGCUUACAUAUUCACAGUGAUAAGGCUCUUUCCAUCAUUAUUAGCUGUGACAAGGAGUUUCUGACCAUUCUUCAAUACCUUGGCGUCAUUUGGACUGAAUAG